CGUCAGUCCGUCACAGAAAGCGACAGGGUCGGGUGGGUCGAACAGUGAGCCUAGGGUGAGAGACGAAACCCUGUGGUUACGAGAUCAGAUCUGAUGAAGUCGUGUUAACUCCGGACGUUUUCUAUUCCCAAUCGAUCUCUACACGAUUACUAGUCGCCGGUCGUGAAGCCGGCCGUUCAGUGCGCAUUCGCAGUACAAAAGAGACUUGUGAUAUUUUUCUAGUAUAUAAGUUCCGGAACGGAACGCUUUAAUUUUUUUGGUAUUUAAAGUGUACAAUAUAAGUAAAAAUUUGGAAAAUAUGGAAAUCCUGCCGGUUACGAGUCAGUUUAACGUCGGAUUCAAUAGUGAAAAAGCCUGGAAUGGGCCGACGUGGCGGGAAGCGCCGGUGCCGGUUCCGACGGAAACGGCGUUGGCCCAGAGGCUCGAGAGGGAAUUGCGGGCGGCCAAGGGAGCUAGCGAGCUAGCCACCGCCGAGGUGCUGGUGCCUGCCGAGUUGCUCGCGAGAGCCUCUAGGCAGACCCUGGCGCUGGCGGAGGGCGAGCCCUGCGGCUCGCGGGGUGCCGCCGUCAUCGUCGACGUGGCGGGGAGGCGGUUAGCGGCUUUCAAAAUCGACCCCAACACAUUGACGACGCACGAGAUCCACUUACACCUGGAGCACGAUGCGACGAACUGGACCAGCCUGUUGCCGCAGUUUUUAAAAAAUUUAACGCGAGGCGGCACCAUCAUCAUCAGCCCCCAGUUCACGAUAGAAAAGAAAAAACUUUUCCGAAGCCAGGCAGAGUGAGCCUCGGCGCGUGCGAGCGAGCCGACUGAUUGCCCUCCUCGUUACUACGUAUCGUUAUUUUAACAAAUAUCAAUAUUAUAUGUAUAUUAAUUAUAUUUUUAAUAAGAGAAAAAAAAGCACAGCGUGAUAUGUAAUGUAUAGUUGUAGAAUAAGCGCGCGGUGGAGCGCAUAGGGCGCGCGAAGGCGAGGCGAAAUGCGCUUUGUAGCACAAAGCGUCGCUCUUCGCUCGCCGGUCGCGCGCGGCGGGCGGGCGGCCCCGAUCUCGCGCUCCCGCGGCUCUGCCCACCGUAGCGGCCGCCCGCGCCGUCCGCACUCCGCACUUAUGUUAAUCGUUGUUGUAUUUUAUUGUGGGAUGUCUGUCUGUUAGUGGCUGGGCGAGUGCUUGUCGCGGCGGCGUUAGGUGCGCACCGAGAUCUCAGUCGCCGCCGCGCGUGUGAUACUGAUGAUACCCUGAACGAUUUAGUGUUACGUAUUUUUUUGUUUCGCGUUCGAUUCUAUUCUGAAGUUGUGUAGACGUAUAUUACAUGUCUCGUAAUUGUAUUUAUUAGAGGCGAUCUCGCGAGGGAUCAGAUAUGUGUACGUUUUCGUAAUUGUACUAGUUCGUACAUUUGUUUGUGAUACUACUUUUGUAAUGUAUAAAAUUUAAAUGAGAAAAUAUUAUACUUUAAUGAAUAAGAGAGCACGCAUGCAGAUUAUAAUGUUGAGUGAAGUCGUAAGUGGAGGCAAUAGAGGGAGAGAGCGCGGAGUUCCGCGUUGUAAUAUACUGCAAAGAUCUCAGGUUAUAUUAUUAUAGUUAUAACAAGUAUUAAGUUAUUUAAGUUAAUAUAAAGAUUGUAAUUUUUAUAAGAUUGUUUUCUAUCAGCGCGCAAUGCAGCGUUCUAUAGUCCAGUGUGUAAAGAGAGAAAUUUUGUACUAACAGUACCUUUAUAGAUGACGAGAUAUUAUCGAAUUAAAGCAUUUUCUUCAUCCAGUGUACAGUACUAUGUAAUGUAAAUCAAUAGACUAACAGUUUUUAAAGAAAUCUAAAUGUUUGUAGGGUCCAGUGUUUUAAAAACGCACAAUAUCAUAGUCCUAGAAUUCACUUUCAUCAAAAAACAUUAAAAAAUCAUACAAAAAAAUACUUCUUAAACUUGGAAUAUACAAAAACUAACAAUAAAGUGUAUCAAUUGUUUAUAAUUGAUAUUUAUUUCAUAGACAGUAAAAAAAGAAAAUGUAGAAAUUAUAAAAAAAUACAUAGUUUCAAAAAAUUUA